UUGCGGCCGAGGCAUUACAUUAUAUGUUUUUCAAUAUGCUAGCAAUUGUACCGGCUCGGAAUAAUAAAAUAACAGUAUAUUCCGUACUAAGCCGAGGUCGCUUGCGGCCGAGGCAUUAGCUUAUAAUAAUAAUAAUGUUUAUUUGUCGCAAAGAAAUGUGCGUACAAUAAUAGUCAAGUAAUAGGCAACAGUACAAGCAAAUAAUAAUAAUACUCAAUAAAAAAUGCAAUGUAAGUAUUCCUCUAUUGAGUAGGAGUAUUGUAGUAACAAUCGCUUCCUUUCCCUCUGAAGAUGGGCAACGGCAACUCAGAAUAAGCUGGUGGCAAUUUAUUAUAUAAUUUUAUGCACAUAUAAUUAGUGCUUUGUUGUGCUCUUUUGAUGCGGUGUUGUGGAAUGGCGAUCUUGUUCUUCUACCUAGUGUCAUCUUGGUGGAUGUCACUAUGUGAUGAAUAUCUCAUUUCGUUCUUAUCCAGAAGGGUAACUGCCGCCAGUAUGUAGACGCUAGGGACAGUUAAUAUUUGCUUCUGCUAUUUGCUUUAAAUAUACUUCUGCAGCUAUCUCGCGGUCCUGCACACGCCUUCUUUUUGCUGGAUUAAGAGCUUGGAAGUUUAAGGCGAUGAUCUCCACACCUCAAUGCCAUAUUGAAGUAUGAAAUUAAAGUGGCUGAAGUAGGCGGUUCUAGCAGCUUCAUAGGUUGAGAUAAUCCUUAUUCUUUUGAUGAGGUAGGUUGCUGUGGCUAACUUUUUUGUAACGUAUUCUAUAUGUGAAUUCUAUUUCAGGUGGGAAUCUAUGUUAAGACCAUGGAAUUUAAUCGUAUGUUCCGUAUCUAGCUCUCUAUUGGUAAGUAUGAGUGAUUGCGUCUUUUUUCCAUUCAGUUCGACUUCUUCGGAUCUUCUUCGGAGUUCCUGUCUGUCUCUAGAUGUCACCAACAGCUAACUAUCGAAAAGGCACGUCAAAUCAGCCGUUAAGUUUUGUGGUAAGUCAUUGAUAUAGAUCAGGAACAAAACCGGGCCAAGAACAGAUCCCUGUGGCACUCCUUGUCCUAUCUGUGUUUUUGCCGAGAAUCUUCCUUUCCAGUAAACCAUUUGUGUUUUAUCCUGGAGAUAUGUUCUGAAGAGUGAAAAUGAAGUACCCUUUAUACCGUAGUACUCUAGCUUAGCGAGCAGAGUGCUUCUUCCUUUUUGUUGAAAGCAUUUGCUAUCAGUUUCAAAGCACCCGUAACAGUUGAUGUGGAUCUUAGCUUUCGGUAAUCGUGUUGUUUGGUGCUAAAUGUGUUGUGACUUUCAAGAAAAACCAAUCAAUCGCCUCUUUAUUACUCAUUCAAAGACCUUGGAUAGUGUUGCUAGUAUUGCGAUGGGCCUGUAAUUAGCGCAAUUCGCUUUGUCACCACUCUUGAAAAGUGGCUACCUUUGAAAUUUUAAAUUCUUCUAGGUAAAUUCCAUCUAGCUAUCAUGCAUUGAUUGAUAGCAUCUGUUAACGGUCUCGUCUAAAUCUACUGGUGUGAGGAAAAUAGAACUUGCGACCGACCUGCUUCUCUUCACGAAGAUUUCCGGACAGAGUACAGGUCCAGGUUCAGAGUUGCCAACCUCAAAAAAAUAAUUAUUAAAGUCAUCCGGAGUUGGACCAUCAUAGUCUACUACUGGUGUCUAAUUUCUUUUAGUAAUAUUCGUUUUUAAUUACUGUCCAAAUGGCCUUGGAACGAUUGUCGCUAUUUUGUAUAAAGUUGGAAAGAAUUAUAGCUUUUUGUUGUUGAUUUGCUUGCUUGUAUACUAAUUUGUAUCGCUUGUAAAUUAUAUGUUGUACAAUUACUACGCCGAGGUCACUUGCGGCCGAGGCAUUACAUUAUAUGUUGUCCAAUAUGAUUGAAAUUGUAGCGCCUCGGUCGCAAACGACCUCGGCUUAAUAAAAUAAUCGAUUUUAAUAUACUUCAAAGGAAUGGUGUUGCAAUCGGAUAAAAAUUUGCUUAGGGAGUCCGUUAUAUCAAGCCCUACUUGAAAAUUGAUAAUUUACCUUAUUGGUUGCGAUAAGGUUUCAUUCAGAACCAACAUAGAUCAAUUAUAUUUGCGUCGUUGUGGUCUGCUUGAAAUUCCACUUUAUCGUACUCAAGUUUUUAGGGGUCUUGAUUAUCAAAUUGUGGCAAGUUAUAAUAAUGUUUAUCAAAAUAUAAUUUCGAAAGUUAAUCGAAAUCUUUAAUAGUUGUAAAAAAUAAAAUCGUUUCAAAUAUUGAUAAGAGACAGAAGAAUUGAAAUAAUACCUACUUAUAAUUUUUCUGUUUCAAUUCUAACUUUAUCAAAAAUAAUUGAAAGAUGCAUGACAAUACUUAAAGAUAAACCUUUAUCAUAUCACUGCACUUGAAAUAUCCCAAUUCAUUUUGACGAAUUACAAAUAUUAUUUUAAACAAGGCUCACUUUACUCAAAGAAUCAAUAAAAGAUGUUUAAAACAUUUACAUUUUUUAUAUUAACUUUAAUAAUCGCGGUUAGUGCCGUAUCGGAUGAUGAUGCAUACAAAGAUGUUGAUGAGUUAAUUGAGAAAUAUGGUUAUACUUUAGAAAAACACACAGUAACAGUCGAUGGGAACAUAUUGGAACUUCACAGAAUACCUAAUAAUGAUAAUAAAAAAGUUAUCUUGAUUAUGCAUCAAUUUUUAACCAGUUCCGCUGAUUUUGUAAGUAAUGGGAAUCAAAGUUUAGCGUUUUUAUUGGCCGAUGAAAAUUAUGAUGUAUGGCUUGGAAAUGCUAGAGGUAAUACGUAUUCAAGAAAUCAUGAAUCGCUAAAUCCAGCAAAUGAUAACGAAUAUUGGCGAUUUAAUUUAAAUGAUGUUGCAAAAGUUGAUUUACCAGAAAUAAUCGAAUAUAUUACAACAACCACAGGGGCAGAAGAAAUUUUUUAUGUUGGUCAUGGUCAAGGAAGUACAUUAUUUUACAUUAUGGCAUCUGAAUUGCCCGAUUAUAAACCUCCAAUUAAACGUAUGGUAGGUUUAGCACCAAUGGCUCAUAUGGACAAUAUGCCAAAUUUAUUCUUUAGAAUCUUAAAUACUGUACCUACUAUAUUGGGUGAUGGUUUGGAUCUUAAGUCUAUCUUCGGACUACUUGACCUGCUGUUUAAAAGUAAACUUAAUGACAUGUUUUCAAAAACCGAAAAUUAUAUCUUUGCUAAAUUAUGCGAUGAUGAAGCAUUGUUGGUCGAAUUAUGUGCUGGGUUUGUUAACUUAAUCUACGGUUUUGAUAAUGGACAAAUUCCAAGAAGUAAAGUACCUGUAAUGCUAUCUAAUGCAUACGCAGGAAGCUCUUUUCAACAAUUAAAAAGUUAUGUGGACAUGUAUCUUAACGAUGGAUUUGCCAAAAAUUACAAAAACUUGGGAAAUAUUGAUAUACCCAAUGCGAUAUUUUAUGGACUUAACGAUUGGUUGAUAUCCACAACAGACAUUGAACAUUUAGCGGAUGAUUUAAAAAACAGUUUAAAGUUAAAAUACGAAAUUCCCGGCACGGACUUCACUCAUAUCAGUUUUCUUUUUGGAAAAGAUGCAAAGGAACUCGUUUACGAGCCGUUAUUGGAAUUUUUAGAAGGGAAGGAUAUAAACGCUUAAUUUGAAUUAUAUAUAGUUCAAAUAUUUAACAUAAUAAAAGAAAUUAUGUAAAUUUUA